CACAUUCAAAUUUCAUACUAUGUAUUGUUUAGUUUUGUGAAAUUCUAAAAUGUUGACUCCGUUUUUCGAGUUGUCUCAAACUGACAGUGAAGUACUUCUAGUAAUUAAGGCACCUUUAGCUAAUGUUUCUGAUGCGGAACUGACUGUUAAUGGGGACACAAUAAUAUUUUAUUGUUCCCCUUAUUAUCUAAGACUUCAUUUACCAGGAAAGGUUGUUGAAACUGAAGAUGAUACAGGAAAAUAUAAUUGUGAUGGUCAAGAGUUUUUGUUUUCCUUUUUCAAAGAAAAUAAGAAUGAACACUUUCCCGACCUUGAUAUGAUUGGCAAACUCUUGGUGCCAAAAAAGAAGCACACAAUUAAGCCUGUCAUAGAAGAUUGUUCUCCAUCAGAAGAUGCACCCGAUUCUGAGAGUGAUGAUGACUCAUUAGGAUAUAUUAAACAGGAGAUUUUUAACAAUAAUUCUUCUUGUGCAAAGUUUGGGUUUGCUAAUAAAGGUCAAGGCAUUGGCAAUCAUUUAUCGUUGGAAUUUAAUGAAAUUCUGGAUUUUACUGAUUUUGAAAACACCAGUAGUGAUGAACGAUCCAGUCUUCGUGAGGCUGAUGAAAAAAAUAAAUUUUCAGAAGACCAUUACUUAGCUGAUCUAAUGGAAGGGUGUGAUGAGAUAAAUGGGCUUGUAUAUUGGAAACCAGCUUGGGCUGAUUCUGCAGAUGAUAAAGUUAAAUUUAGUAGAGAAGAAAUGGAAUUGUUUAGGACUUUGGGAAAUAGAGAUUAUCUCCUCGAUGAAUGGGAAAAAAAAACUGCCCUUUUUUCUUUAGUCGAUAUACUCUUUGCAUUUGCUUAUAAUCAUAGGACCACUCUUGGAGAAUACAGUGUAGAAUCGGCUUGGACUAUAAAUAAACUUAGCGCAACCUUAUCUUGGUUUCAGUCUUUCAAAACGUUAAAGGACGUUAAACUUUCCUGCAUGAGGAGGUCUCUUGUUUUUCCUCUUUAUAGGCAUUGGGAUUUAUCACAAGAAGUUCUUAAAGAUACUAUAAAUAUUUUAAAAUCAGGUAGAAGGCAGCUUUUAAAGUGUUUUAUAGCAAUUUAUAAAAUGUUCAAUUCCAGUGAACCUAGAUAUUUAUUAAAUGAACUCUAUAUCACUGACUACUGUAUAUGGAUUCAAAAAGUUUCUGAGAAAAAAAUUAAGAAAUUAGGUUAUUUAUUUGAAAAGGAAGAAGUUUCAAAGAACGAUAUCGGGUUCGAACUAGUAGAACUUGAAGCUGCUGCUUUAAUGGUUCAAGAGGAAACUGAAUCAGAACUUGUUGACCAAUUAAAGGAAAUGAAAAUAAGAGAAGACAACAAUGAGACUAGUGAGUCAGAUACUGACUCGAGCUCUAGCGAAUCCAGCGCCAGCACGAGUUUAGAUUCAGAUGAUUUGUCUUCCUCAGAAGAUUGAAAUAUUUACCUGUGUGUAAUCCUGUGGACAGAGGCCACAUGGGUGGCUAAAUUGGGUAGCUAUUAUGGCACCACGCAAAAAUGGCAUUUGAAGACUCGACCAGGGAUUUAUUAUUUCAUAGACCAUUCUUCCACACCUGAAAGAAAACACAUGUAAGAUAAACUCAUGUUUUUGAGAAGAAUACAAACCAAGAUACGUUUUGAUGAAAACAUUAUUUCAUCAAUUAUAUACAUUAAAUUUUAACAGAGAUUAUUUUUUAUGUUAUGUUUUAAGAAGUUGUUUUCUUCUACUAUUUGUAUGUAUAAAUUUAUAUUUAUAAAAUUUUAACUUGUUAAAAAUGAAUUAAUUUAAUAUUUUUAAAAUAAAAUUGUUAUUGAAAGUUUUUGUACAAAAUUUUU